GCCGGCAGCAUGUCCGACAACGAGGACAACUUUGAUGGUGACGACUUUGACGAUGUGGAGGAAGAUGAAGGGCUAGAUGAUUUGGAGAACGCAGAGGAAGAGGGUCAAGAGAAUGUAGAAAUCCUUCCAUCCGGAGAGAGACAGCAGGCAAAUCAGAAGCGGAUCACAACUCCAUACAUGACCAAAUAUGAGCGAGCCAGAGUCCUGGGCACUCGUGCACUCCAGAGAGCGAUGUGUGCUCCAGUCAUGGUAGAGUUGGAAGGAGAGGCAGAUCCUCUGCUGAUUGCAAUGAAAGAACUCAAAGCUCGGAAGAUUCCCAUAAUCAUGCGCAGGUACCUGCCAGAUGGAAGCUAUGAAGACUGGGGUGUGGAUGAGCUAAUUAUCACUGACUGACCUGCUUCCUGUCAUUGUCCCUGGUUCCUCUUUCACCUGCAGAUGCUUUUAUUUUUGUUUAUAUUUGUGUAAAUAAAAA